CCAAUGGUCAAUUUGCCAAUAAGCCUAUCAAUUAUUGACACAAAUGUCACGUCCAACGUCCCUGUGAUGCAACAACAUUCGGACUUGGUGUAAUCAAAAAUGAGCAAAUCACACCGCCUCACUUUCAAUCUCGUCCGUGUCUGCGUCUGCCUCGUCUAGGCAGGAAUCCCGAUCCCGCUCGCACUGAUCAUGUUGCGAACCAGCUGACAUGGAGUUAUAUAUCUGGGGUCCGGGUCCAACAGUCCCUCCCAUGCUUGAUCUGGACACCUUUCGAUUAUCUACCAGUCCCUGAAGAAAACUCUCUACCACGCAACGCAACUGCACACUCUCAAACCACCAUCAAACCAACCCAGUCAUUACUGCAAAAUUCAACAUGUGCACCCAGACAGAAAAUGUGGAAGAGUGCAGCCGAUGUGGCUACACAACUGCCAUUCUAGACCCAAUUGAGAACUGCGGUUUGAGAUCUCCGGGGUCGUUCCGCGAUCCAAAGGCCAACUGCUACGUCGGGAGAUGCUUCGGCGUGGCCUUCACUUCAUAUGUCGACGCUGUUAUUUGUCAGACUUGCAUUGCAAAGGAGGAGCGGGACAACAUCAGACGGAACAACAAGAAGGCCGUUCAUGUCUUUGAGAAGUGAUGGACUUAUACGGGAACAGAUGUUUGUAUUGGGAUUGGAGGAUGAUACGUCGAUGGCAUAAUUGUAAUACGUAAGUAUGGACUUGCUGGCCACUGGGAUAGGAUAGUGGAGGACUGCAUUGGCAUGACUUGAAAUUGAGUAUGUAGCACUUUAAGAAAAACGCAAAUGAAGGCACUUUCAAG